AUGUUACAACUCACCCCCACUCACUAUGCGCAACGUCCUCAUUGCACACCUGGAUCGUCACCUCCUGACGGUGUGAGUCAAGGCCACUUCAACUUGACUCCACACUCUCGUCUGGGUUUGGCUCUGAUACCAAAUUAUAACGUUCCGACCGCCCCUCCGGUGAGUCACCCACGCCCUCUCUCUGGGCCCGCAGGCCCAUCUCGGCCCGUGGGCCUCACCCCUGUCGACGGCCGAGGACUUCCCGAAAGGUCACCCAUCCUUCACUACUCCAACCCAAGCACGCUUAACUCUGAGUUCUUUAUGGGUCCUUACCGAAAAGAUAAGUGCACUUUGUUGACAUAG